AUGCUACUGCCAUCACGUCAGGGGUACACGGCACUGUUGAUUGCCUGUCAGUGCGGCACGCUUGACCUGGCGGUCCUGCUGAUUGCCAACGGAGCGAACCUAAGCGCGGUGACGAACAGACGCAUGUCGGCGUUGCACCUUGCCGCCGAGGGAGGCGACGUCGACCUGGUCCGCAUGCUCCUCAUGGCCGGGGCGCCGCUCGAGACCAGAUCGAGCACCGGCGAUACUCCUCUAACCUUGGCCACUUACUUCGGGCACGUGGAGGCGGUGGAGAAGCUGCUGGCCAUGGGUGCCAACCCGAAUGCCAUCGACGAUGACGGCCACGUUGCGGGUCGUUGGUACGAUGAGGCGGUGGCAGAGGCGGUGAAGAAGCAGAUCAGCAAGACUCUACGAGCCGCGCGGAAGCAGAGGCAGGGUAGCUCGGUCGCCGUUGGCGAGGAACUGGAAAUGCCGGACGUGGAGCCGGACAGCUCCACCGGUCUCUUGGCCUGA